AUGUCGUCCACGAAACUUCGACUCUUCAACACGGUGCCGGACGGCAAUAGCGCCGCGAGGGAAACCCAGUCCUCUAAAUCUAAGUUCAUCCCUCAUGCAAACGGAAGCAGCCGCUGGGGCGCCCUGCACGCCCUCACCGCCUCCUGGCCGCUGGAGCUGUCGAACCUGGUCUUGCAGGCCAGCAACCCAGACUGCACGGACCUCAUCCUCCUCCGCUUCCGGGACCACCUGGUGCCCUCCUGGCGGUACCUCUCCUGGACGGUGCCCUAUUUUGCGUGGCACUACCAGAACUUCCUGGAGUACGGUCUGCAGGGCGGGGUGCCAGGCAUCUGCGCCUACACCGCGGCCAGGUGCCGGUGGCUGGACGACCAGAUCCGGGCGGGCGUCGAGGAGGGCGCGGAGCAAGUAGUCAUCCUGCGCCCCGGCUAUGACACGAGGCCAUACCGCAUGAGGUUCCCCCAUGUCAAGUUCUACGAAGUGGAUGAUGUAGAGGCACACCAGGCCAAGAAGCAGCUCCUAGAAGCAGUGCUCCCUAAUCGGAAUCUGCACCCCCGCCCCGCCUUUGUGAGCGUGGACUGGGGCAACCUGGCUACCUUCAUCCCCGCCCUCACCGGCGCCGGCUUCAACCCUGGCAAGAGGGCGGUGUUCGUGGCUGAGGGCCUCCUCUGCCAGCUGGACCCAGAGGCGGCGGACACCCUGCUCAGCGACGUCUCGGCCCUGUCGGCGCCCGGGUCCCGCCUUGCCUUCGACUUCCUGCAUGAGGAUGUGCUGGAGGGGCUGGUGCAGCCGGCUGGGUACGCCAGCCUGGCGCAGAGCCUGGCCAACAAGGGGCGACCCUUCCUCAACGGAAUGCGCCCCGUGUACUCUGCUGCCGUGCGGAGGUUCCAGGCGUACAAUAUGAGGGCGGGGGCGCGGCAGAGCCUGCGCGACGCCCCCCAGCCCCAGGGCAAGGCCGCGCACGGCGCCGCCCUUGGCGUCGGCGAGGACGGCAGCCCCGACACGGUGGAGGGCGGCGCCAGCUGCUUCGUGGCCAGCCUGCUGACCCUCAUCUGUGGCGGCGGGGGCCCGGCGCCGGCGCCCGGCUCUGCGCGCGCAGCGCGCAGAGCGCGGACGGGCACGGCAGGCGAGGAGAAGUCGGGUGCGGCGCCGCUGCGCGCGCCCUCCAAGGAAACCUCCCUCGCUGGCAGCCGGCGCGGACCCAGCGAACACCCCCCCGCCCAGCUGGCGGCCGAGCCGUCCUCGGACUGGUAUCUGCGCGCCGACACGCCCGGCGCCGCGGCGCGCCGCGAUAGCGACCCCGGCGAGCGCCUGGUCCUGCGCGGCGCCUCGGGGCCGGCGCCGGCGCCAGAACGCGAGGCGCUGCCCCUCUCCUCGGGUGGCCAGCUGCCGGACCUGGACCGCGCGCAGUCUAUCCUGCCCCAGAGCAGCGCGUCCUCCCUUGCCUCCGCAGCGGCGGCCGCCGUUGAGACGCUGGAGGGCGAGGGGACGACGGCGGCGACAGCCAGGCGCACUUCAGACUUGCAGAGCCAGGGCAGGGUCCAGGACCUGAGGCAGAUGUUCAACUCCCUGGCCAUGGGGUAG